AUGAAGCAUACAUCUACGAUUACACUCAGAGUUUCGAAAGCGGGAAAUGCUAAAGAAUGUAUCGUUGUAACUGUUGAUGGAAAUCCCCGAAAAAUUCCAGUUUUCACAUUCGAUCUUGGAACAGGUGACAUUUUCAACGUAGAAGUUACUGGUAAGGUAAUAAAACCUGAAUUUAAAGUGCUUCAAUAUGCAAAUUGUGAAAAUCCUAAAGGUGAGGAGGGGAUACAACUAAGUCACUGGAACUUUGGCUAUGUCUACUACAAUACAGAUGUACAAUGCAACUGGAAUCUGGUAAAUUACUCACCAAAAGAAACGUCGUUUGUUGCCAGAUUUUACGGCAAAAAUGAUUCUGGUUUGGAAAAUAAUAAUCCCGGUAGUGAAAGUGUACCAAAGUAUGAACAGAACGAUUCAAAAUUUAAACUAAAUGAGUACUUCAGCAUAAAUCCGGAUUGUGGGCAAUUAAAACCAUUCGAAAAGCUGCCAAUCUCUUUAUGUCUUUCUCCUAGAUGGAAGAAACCAAAACAAGGUUUUGUCAGUUUAAAUGAAUCUCCAGCAAUAAAACCAUUUUCCAUAUGCCUUCGUAUACACAAAGUAGACCUCAGUUCUUGUGAUUCUUUUGAUCAAAAGAAGUUAAUCAGUUCUUCACAAUCUUCCAUCGUAAUGGAUGAUCAGAACAAUUUAGAAAUAGUCUUAACAGGUUGUUUAAUACCAGUACAAUUUCAGAUAUCACCAAUUAAUGAAUCAAUGAAUGUAGACAAUCAUAAUUUAAAUAAAACUAACGGAUUAAAUACAAUAAUUAGUAAUGAAAAUGUUAAAGUUAAUAAAAUAUAUGAAAAUCAAUUUAUUAUACAAUUUCCUCAAUGUAUAGUUGGUUCAAAACAAUGUACUCAAUUGAAAUUAUCAAAUUAUAGUAAACAUUUACCAAUUCAUUAUAGAAUGCCUCGAAUUGCUCAUUUCAUUGUAAAACCAGAAAAAGGAAUAAUUGAUCCACAAAAAGAUUGUUUAAUUACUGUUUCUUUCAGUCCAAAACAAAUUGGAGAAUUUCAUGCUGUUCAGAAUGUUCACAUUCUCAACUAUUUAACUGGUGUAAAUCCAGUUGUUAUAUAUCAGUGUAAACUCAUUUUUCAUGGUUAUUCACCGGCUUUAACAAUACCACCAGAAAUAAAAUUUAAUCCAGGGAUCAUUCCUAAAUGGGCAAAUGAAGUUGGUAGAAAUACAGAUCUUGUCACAUUCGGAUCGAAUUACGAAUGCCCAAGAGCUGCAAUUAUUAGUCUUAUGAGUAUGAAAAGUUUAAAAGGUCUUAAAUCUCAUGUAUCAAGAUCUGAAUUAAAUACUACAAUGUCUACAAAAAUCGCUUUCCCAAAUGAUAGACUUGCCAGUAUUAGACCAGCAAAUAAACGUGAAGAAUUCAAAACUUUAUAUUGUCGUUUGACGAGAUAUACAUAUACGGAUCGAGAUUAUGAAUGGACUGAAGAUGAAAUGAAUAGUAUAAAUAAGCGACAGUUAACCUAUACUGAUGUUUACCGAAGUCAUGCUCAAAUGAUUGAACAAGUUCAAAAAGAUCGUAUAUUAAUGAAAUGGAACAAACCACCAAAUGAUGGUUCAGUUUUAUUGGAACUGGAUAAAAUAUCACCGAAAUUAAAAAUUGAAAAUUACGAGGAGUUUCAACCAAUUAGAAAACUGCAACCAAUGAAUCUACUGAAGAACAGUAUAAGCGAUAACAUAAGAGUGGAGAAAAAAAGGAAGCCUGAACGAGUUCUAUCAUUGAAAAUGGUGACCAAGAAGAAAGUUAGUGAUGAAUGUAAACGUAAACUUUCUGUUAGUGAUAUAAAUGAACUAUCUAUUUUUCCAAUAAAUAUUGAUUAUGGAACCAUUUGUCCAAAUGUGGAAUCAACAAAAUUUGUUACAAUAAAAAAUCCAUUAAAUCAGUGUAUUUCAAUAAAAUUGGAUAUAGUUCUUGAAGAAUUGAAGCCAACUACCAUAAGAAAUUAUAUAGUUCAACCAAAAUCAACACUUGAAAUACCAAUUACAAUAAAAAUUACAAAAGUGUCUAACUUUCAAUGCAAUUUGAGUUUCUUAUUAAAUGAUCAACAUAAAAGUAACCUGGUUAUAUGUGCAACAGUUGUACCAAUUCAACUGAAUCUUACACCGUCUACCGUCGAAAUCACUUCUGCUAAUCUAUCAUAUGGUUUAAUUAGAACAACUGGCAUGUCUGGAUAUGUUACAUUGCACAAUCCGUUACAUGCUUCCGCAAGAUUUUGUUGGCAAACAUUAGGUGAUCAAAAUCCUUUUACAAUAUGCCCAAAAAAAGGUGUAGUAGAACCAUUUUCUUCAUUAAAUUGUGAAAUUGUUUAUUAUCCAAAUAUUAACACUAUAAUGGAAGGCAAAUUUCAUUUAAAUUUACUAGAUCAAAAUUAUGACCAAUUAAAUACAUUGUCUACAACAAUAAAUAAAUUUGAUGUUAAUCACAAAGUAUUGGAAUUAUCAUGUAUUGCAAAACUAUUACCUAGUAAAUUAUCGUUUUCUACACGUCGACUACCACUUGGAUCAGUAGCCCAUGGUCUACCUUAUACACGUCAGAUAACUAUAUUUAAUUUAGGACAAAAUCCUAUUCUAUUUUACAUUAACCAAGAAUUCAAAAGUGCCAUAAAUCAUAACGGUAGUAUUCCAUCUUAUAUGCAUAGAUUAUCAAGAGCAUUACCAGCAAGAGUUGAAAUUCAAGUUAGUCCGAUAGAAGGGGAAAUCCCAGUUGGUGGUGAGACAACUUUAAAGGUCACCUGUAUACCAAUUGGAUUGGGUAAAUUUGAAUCAUCUAUAACAUUAAGUACAUAUGAUCGUCAGGAUUUUAAUUUAUCCGUAUGUGGAACUGUACUUAAACCACAAAUUCAGCUAAUUCCGAACACUUUCGAAUUUGGUGGUGUCAGAAUUGGUUCAAUGAAAUCUCUUCCAUUUGAGAUUACCAAUAAUGGUAUUACACGUGUGUUAAUAGAAAUACAAUUGAAAAAUUUCGAUGAAUUUCAAAUUACCGAUCAUAUAAAUUCCCUCUCAUUAGAUGAAUAUAUGAAUGAACAAAUUUAUACUAAUAAUAGAAAUAAUUCAACUAGAAAUAAAUUUAUUUCUUCUUCAUAUUCAGAAGAAUUAGAAAAGAUAUCUAUAAAUACUAUCAAAGUGCCUCAUUCAUCCAGUUAUCUGGAAUACGAUAAAUCAACCUGUCUUUAUCAUAUUCAUAUACCACCACAAAGUAAAUGGAUUGGUUAUCUAGUCUAUAAACCUAAAGAUGUAUCAUUUCAUGACUUUGUGAUCCCACUACUUAUAAAUAAACUUAGUCCAAAACUUUUAAGUCAAAAAUCAGAUGAUACCAACAAUAUUAAUGUUAAUGCUGAAGAAGAAACAAUAAUUGAUGGUGAAACUGAUUUAAAAAUGUCUAGUCAAGAUUAUGAACCUAGAGUUAUAGCUACAGCAUUAAGACAACCUAUUACAAUUGAACCGAAAAAUGGUAUACUCAAAUUUAUUGCUACAUUAAAUGAUAAAGUUUCAGAAUCAACAAAUGUUUUAUAUCAACAUCUCUGUAUAAAGUCACUAACCAAUUUACCAAUGAAAUGGCAUUUAGUCAUGCAUAAAAUUCAACGUUUCAAUAAACAUGCUCAUGGAAAAUUGACGAUACUCAAUGCACAAGGUAUAGAACUACUGCCUGAUUUAGAUGGUUACAUUAAUGGAGAUUUUACAGAAAAUGAUGAUAGAACAAUUCAUCUUGAAAUUAGAUUAUGUUCAAAUAAACCAGGAUCUUUUAAGUUAGAACUGCCAGUUUGUUUAACAUUUCCUGAAGAUUUAAACAGUGAACAAAGUCCAAAAUCUAGUUCUUCACUUUAUAAAACACUUCAAAUUCAUAUUGAGUUAAGUAAGUUGGAGUUGAAAUUUGAACCCGAAAGAAUAUUAAUACCACCUAUUCCCACUGGAAUAAAUGUUAGAAUACCAGUCAAACUGACAGCUUAUCAAAUAAAUCAACCAAUUCAAAUAUUUGGAUUUUGGAAUUUUUCACCAAUAUGUGAAGCUCAAUCAAUUAACGAAGAAAAUCUUCAAUGUCCAUUUGAUAUUGAAUAUCCAGAAGGUCAAAUUCUAAAACCAAAUUAUAACUCAUCAGUUUCUGAUACAGGAAGUUUAAAUUUAUGUGUUAAUUUUAACUGUAAAUUAAAUGGUCUUGUUCUUGCACCCAAUCCAAGACCAUUAUGUUUAAUUAUAAUUGCAAGCAUCAAUAAUUGUGAUAAUACUGAAGUAUGUUAUUCAUCGAAUAAAAGUUCAAGAGAUCAAUUUUUAUCAUCAUAUAUUUGUUCAGCUGCCUUACCUGUUAGUGCAGCUGUUGAUAAUUGUCUGAUCAGUUGGUUUGAUUAUAUAACACGUCGACCGAAUGAGUUUAGACUAACUGAUUAUCCAUAUCUUAGAAAUAAAUUGAACGAAGUAAAACUGAAUCGUAACCUAAACAUUAUUUCACUAUAUCACUUGUUUGAUGAAUUAAAACUUUCACAGAAAGAAUGCUUAAACUUAGAGAAUAUGUCUUCUGAUCAAAACUCUUCAGUAGGAAGUAAUACACAUUGGAACACCGAUGAAAAUUGUUUAAACGCUAUUAGGAAUGCACGAAAUAACAUUUCUGAUAUUUCAGAAAGUCCAUUUAUUCAUCGAGAUCACUCAAAAGACUUUGAAGAUAACAAUGAGAUGAGAUUAUCUCCAUCUACAAUUUCUUCAACAAUAACAAAUUCUUAUGAAUCAUGUUCAUCUCUACCAGACUGGCAAUUAAUUGAUCGAACAGCAACAGAGCAAGUACAACGUUGGUUGAGUGUUCAUGGAUUUCAAAAGAGUCGUUAUCAAUUUAAGUUUCCAGAUGAUUUUAGAAAUUGUAUAUCAUUGACAACUACAAUAUUGAAUAAAUCAUUAUUAGGUGAAAAACAAAAAUCCUAUACUAUAUCUCAACAGAAUACAACAAUAAAAGAAUCUAGUCAAACUAAUAUGAAACAUGAACUAAACAAUAUUAAAUUGAAUAUUGAUAAUAUAAAUGAAACAGUACCAUGUAGCAUUAAUCCAUUGUAUAAUUGUUUAUUACAUCUUUGUGGUAAUAAACAACCACCUGGUCUAUUACCUACAAUUAAUUUACCAAUAAAUAAUCCUUAUGAAGCUUUAUCAAUUGUUUAUUUUUAUUGUUCUUCAUUGUUAACAUUUGCAAGAAGUCAAGGCAGUUGUCUACCUCAUAUCUUACCAGAACAUUUAAUGGAACCGAAUGAUUAUCAUUUAUGGCAUAAAUAUGGAUGUCCAGGUUUAACAGAAUCUGCACGUACAGUGUAUAUAUCAUUAUCUCAAAAAAACAAUAUCAUAACAGUAACAGAUUGGAUGAAAUCACAAAAAAUCAAAAAUGAUAAUCAAUCAAAUGAUGAGUUAAUAAAAAUAGAUAUAAGUCCAUUAAGUGAAUCUGAACUAGAUCGAUUUUUAAUAAUAUCUGAAAGAGCUUGGACAGAUUUAUUAAUACAACUUAUUAAAUGUUUUCUAUUUAAUCAUAUAACCAUCAAUUCACUGGAUACUAUUAACUUACCACCAAAAGAUCUUUUAUUACAUAAAACAAAUGAAUUGAUGUCAUCAACGCCAACAGUUUCACAACAAUGUUCAUCACAAAAUGAAUCAAAUAAAUCGGAUCGAGUAAUAAAACAUACGAUUCGGUUAUCAGAUCAAAGAGACAAUGUACAGAGAACAAGAUUAACUAAUUCCAAUGAAAUUCAAGUGAACAGCUGUUACUCAUCAUGUGAAUGUAUCUUAUUGGCUUGGUUAAAUUAUUGUUAUCAUCAGUAUGCAUGUCAAAUAUGGCCUGAAAAGAAAUCCGUAUUUACAAAUAAUAAUUUGAUUGUUACUAAUUUUGAUAAUGAUUUAUGUGAUGGAAUUAUAUUAGCAUGUGCUAUCGGUGCAUAUGUGCCUUGUCUUAUCCCCAAUUACUUCUCCAAAAUAUACACACAACCUAAUUCAGAAGAACAGUGUUUUCAUAACGCGAUUAUUUUAGUUCAGGCACUAAGAAUGAUCCAUUUUGAAUUUGAUUUGAGUCCAUGUGAUAUAACAAGUCCACAUCCAUUCGGUAUGGCGUUAUUAUGUUUACAUUUAUUUUGUCAGUUGCCGGAUUAUUUACCGAGACAAACAAUAAAUUUUACAGGUCUUUUAAAUUCUACAACUAAACGUCAAUUAUUAUUUACCAAUACAAGUUCUCAAAUGUUAACAUAUUAUUGUGUAAUAAUUGGUCCAAACGCAAAUGAUUUCAACUGUUCUAUUAUAAACACAUCGAAUAAAAUUACAAAACGCGAAAACAAUAAAACAGAUUCAAAGAAAUUGGAUGUUAAGGAAUUAAAAUGUUCAACGAGUGAUAAUUACAUUAAGCUCAAUGAUACUAAUAAUACUGACAAGUUGUAUAAUGAUGUUAAAGAAAUGAAAAUGAUUAUACCACAGAAAGGAAAAUUACAAAUAUGUCUUGAAUAUAAAUCACGUUUUCUUAAAUUAACAGAAGCUGUAUUUUUAGCAGUUUCACAACGUCAAAAUGAGUUACAAGGUAAAACUGUAUCAUUUAUACUUUCUGGAAUCGUAGGUGGACUUGAUACAUUACCAACUAAAAUCAUUAAAUCACCUUGUUACCAAAUGGCAGAAUUUAAAAUACCAAUUAUAAAUCCAUACAAAUUAAGUGGUACAUUUAAUAUUAAAAUAAUUGAAAGUUGUAAUGAUUUAUUCAAUGCACUAUGCCAAACACAAGGUUUAAAUGGAAAGAAAAAAGAAUUUACUUCAGGUAAUUUAUUAUCUACUGAAACAUAUUCUGCGACAGAAAGCUCACUGGAUCAAUCAUCAUCAGAUAAUAGUCAAUUACCACCAGAAAUCAUGAAAGAAUACUAUCAAAGAAAUCAAUAUCAAUCAUUUCAUUGUCGUGAAAAUACCAUUAAUCUAUGUGGAACUACCAAUGAUAAUUGGACAGAUUCACAUGUUAUAAAACAAUCAGAUAACAAAGUGAAAAUUAGGCAAAAGCAACAACAACAACAAACAACUGAUGAAAAACAAAAUAUCAAAGAAUUAUCAAUUAUUUAUUUGCCAUUAGGAUGGGGUACAAGAGAAUGUUGUUUAUUAUUAUCAAAUGAAAAAAUUGGUGAAUUUGUUAUCCUGUUAAAAGGUAUUGCUCAAUUACCACAACCAAGUUUAUUACCAUAUACUGAACAAAAAGAAAGGGGUUACCGUAUUAAAUCUGCUGUUGCAGCUGCUUCUUUUGGACGUUCAGGUGAUCCAAAUGUUAUAUAUUUCCGAUGUCCAAUAAACUGUGAAAUAAAAGAAACAUUAUGGUUACCAGUAAAAAAUGAUUUACGUCGGACAGCACUGUUGAAUGCUAUUCAUAUUCGACUUGCACCAUCAGAAUUAAAGCGUCGUCAACUAGCAAAUACACUUGAAUCAGAUGAAUUACUUGAGUUGGCUAAUAAGAGAUUAAUAUUACAUAAUUUUGAUCAAAAUUCAUCGGAGAAAAAGUUAAAACUUCAGAAAAGAUUACAUAUAUCUCGAUAUCUGAUAUAUAGUGUAGAAAUUGAUUCAAAUAUGAUCAAAGUCCCACCAAAAAUACAUGUGCCAAUAUCUGUGGAUUUAGAUUCCGAUGAAACAUUUCCUCUUCCUCUCAAAAUCUUUGCUGAUAAACCCGGUUUAACUUCAGCUAAACUGGUAAUUCAAGGUCCAGAUGAUAUACGACUCUAUCGUAUUGAAUGUGUAGCUUUACCUGGUAAUGAAAAAACGGUUUUAACUUUCACAUCACCACUAAAUCAUCCAAUUACUCAACCAAUACCGAUUGUCAAUAAAACAGCAUAUGAUUGGGAACUAUCGUCACAGUUUAUUGGUAAUCCAAUAUGGUUUACUGGGCCAUCCAUCAUAAAUGUCCCAUCGAAUACAACAGUUCAAUAUUCUAUAACAUAUUUACCUAGAAGAGAAGCCGAAAGUCAAACUAAACUUGUUCUUCGAAAUAUAACUGAUGGCAGUCAAUUAGAAUAUCACUUAAAUGGGAUUGUAUUGAAACCACUAUCACUUGGAAAAAUUAAUCUCGAAUUUACAAUUAAUACUUGUGAUAUAAAUGAUGAAAUAUGCAAAGUUUCGAAACAAUCACAUUUACAAACUUUCACGCUUAAAGUUCCCAACUCCACUUCAAUAAUGCAAUGUUUCCGACUGCAAACAAAUUUACCUAAGGGUCUUAUUGAAUGGAUACCAAACAAUCAGAAAUAUAUGAAUCGUAUUGAAGUUAUGUCUGGUCGCACCGAUGAAUGUAAAUUUCAAGUUUCUGUGUCAAGACGAGGAUCUUUUCGCGGUGUUAUAGUGUUUGUUGCAGAUACUCCGAGGAAUAAUUCGGAUAGUGAUGAUGAGAAUGAUGAAGAAAUGUCACCAAAGGUUAAUCAAACUAGUGAAGCAUCAAAAACAAUAAGCGAAUUGGAUGAAAAUUCGAAUCCAGUUUAUCGACUUUGGUAUGAAGUAGAAAUUAAUAUUAAACCAGGCCCACCUAUUAAACAAAUUGAAAUUAUCUGUCCAUGUCUUAGUUCCAAAACAGUUGAAUUACCAUUUACUAUACAAUCAGAAUUAUUUAAAAAUAGUCAAACAAUUGAAUUUGAUGUAAUUAUUGAAGAUAAAUGUUUAAUUGGUCCGAAAACACAUUGUGUAACUUCUGUUGACAAUUCUGGAAAACUUUCAUCAAUUUAUCAACUGAAUUGUAUUCCAUCUAUUAUUGGAACUAGUAAUUCAACUGUCAUUUUUUACAAUCCAAACUGUGGGGAAUUUUGGAUUGAAUUAAUAAUAAAAGCCAUCAAACCAAAAGUUGUCAACGUACCAAUUAUUGAAGCUGAAUUAGGAAGCUCAAAAAUCACCAAAAUAUUAUUAGAUAAUCCAACAGAAGAGCUGUACAUUUUAAAACCAAAAAUAUUUAAUUCAGAUGUUUUCAAAUUACAAUUAUCAACAUCAGCUAAACAACUUGCUUGUUUAUCACCAUCAAUAACUACAGAAUUAGAUGAACAACAUCAUUCACACUUACAGAUGUCAACAUUAUGUCAAUAUUCUGAUAAUGAUAUAUUAGAUAUAAAUGAAAUGGAAAAUAAUUCUUCACGUAUGUUAUUAACAAAUCGAAGUACCGGUUUACAUACUACAGAAAGAAUAAUUAAAUUAAAACCAAAAUCUAAAUUAUAUCUUGGAUUGAAAUUCACUCCAUGUGCUAUUGGUAAAGAGGAACAUGAAGGAUCAAUUGUGUUUUAUUCAGAAAAAUUAACAGAAUGGUGUUUUAAUUUGCAUGGUAAUGGUGUUGCACCACAACCAAGAGAUCCUGUCAGUGUAUCAGUUAUGAUUGGUUCAGCCACCACAUUAAUAGUGCCGAUUACAAAUCCGUUCAAAUAUGACACUGUAUUGGAUAUAAGUUUAUGUGAAACCACUUUAUCUGGUCUAUUCAAGCAUUUGGAAGAUACACGUAAUUCUAUACUUAAAAAUCAGUCGGACAAUAAAUCAAUCAACUCAUCUUCAGUUGAUAAUCAUAACAAUAAUAAUGAAGAGUUUAGUGAUCAACUAAUGGAACCAAAUGAAUGUAAUUGUGAUGAAAAUAAUCAACCGUAUAGUAAGAGUUUAUCAACGAAUCCAGGCAAUACAAAUAUCUAUUCAGCUUUUCAACUUUUAAUAAAAGAGAAAAAAAAUAUACGUCUGUCAAGUAAAACAGUUUUUGAUAUACCUAUAUCAUUCGCUCCGCUGGAAAUGAGAGAACAUGAAGCACUUUGCACAGUUAUUAUGCAUAAGUCAAAUUCUGGUAAAUGUAAAUCAAGUAAAUCAAUAAAGUCAUCAUCAUCUUCUUCCGUACGUUGGCUAAUUCCAAUUAAAGGUAUUCCUGAAAUGAAAUCAUUAUCAUAUCCAUCUUCUAAAGAAUUUUCUAUAUCAUAUAAUCCAUAUCAUAAUAAUAAUACUACAUCAUCAAUAAUUAUUAAUGGAACCGUACGAUCAAAAUCAUAUUUUAUCAUAACACUAAGAUUAUUAAAUACAUUUAUAUAUACAGAAAGUCAUUUAACACAUAAUGAAAAUAUAAAAGAUAUUGAAAUACAAAUUAUACAAUCAGAAGAAGAUAAAAAGUUAUUUCAUGAAAAAAUAUUUAAUAAUAAAAUUAAUGAAUCAUUAUUAUCAUUAUGUAAUCAAUAUUCAAUAUGGGAUAAUAUAAAAAUCAACAAUUUAGAAUGGAUAAUAAAACCAAUUAUUAAAAAAACUAAUGAACAAUUAAUUAAAUUAAUUGAUUUAAAUAAAAUUUUAACUAAUUCAUUAAUAAUUAAAUUAUUUCAAAUAAAAAAAUUGGAUGAUUUAGAAAUAACAGAAAUUAAAUUAGGUAUGAUAUUUUCACCGAUGCUUUCAUUUAAGUGCAGCGCAGAUUUAAUGAUAAAAACGUCUCUAGGAGCGAUUUGGAAAUUUGGACUAAUUUUUAAAGCAAAAGAUCCUCCAAUUGAUGAUGUAAUUUAUAUUCCUCAUAGAGGUAUUGGUCGUCCAGUUAAAGUUCAGUUGCAUUUAACUAGUCAAACCGAUGAACCAUUAAAAUUCAUCGCAAGCUUAUACCCUAAAAAUCAAACAGAAUACACAAUUGAACCUAAAGAAGGAAUUUUACCACCAAUGAAUAAAGAUAAUGAAGCCAAUAUAACAAAUUCACCAUUGAUUAUAACAUUCACACCGAAUUCAUAUGGAAAACCAAUAAUUGCUCAAUUAAUAAUACAGACAGCCAGAAUGGAGUGGCACUAUGAACUCGUAGGACACAUCCCACUUUACAAACCACCAAAUGGAAAACCACAUCCAUCAACAUUCGCCAAUCGAAUGCUGAAAACAACCAAUUCGAAAUAACCUGUCGCAAUUGAAAUAGGAAACAAUACAAAUUAAAACUCAAUAUACUUUAACAAUAAUUCUAUGCAUUCUGAACAGAACAAUAAAUAUAUAAGCGGACUUUUAUCAGACUAAUA